CCAUCAUCUACGUUGUACUCGAUCUCGAGCAUGGACUCGCUAAUACCCUUCACGACCUCUGGCGCUCUUGUGGACAGCGUAGACAGGAAGAUGUUGGUCGUUCUGCGGGACGGCCGCAAACUCGUUGGCGUCUUGCGCUCGUAUGACCAGUUCGCGAACCUUGUCUUAGAGGACACCUGGGAGAAGAUAUAUCACUCCAACCUCUGGGCGGAGAAGCACGUUGGCCUCUUUUUGAUACGCGGCGAGAACGUCGUGCUGAUGGGCGAGAUCGACCUUGAUCGCGAAGACGAUGUGCCGUUGCGGCAAGUGCCAUACACAGCGCUCGAGCCGUACCAUCACAAGGAGCUAGAGGAGAAGAAGAAGCAAGAAGAGAUCAAGGAGAAAGUCCUGUUCGAGCAGCAGGGCUUUUCGCGAGAAGGAGGCGAGGGCGAUAGCUACUGAGUCUAGUGCCGACUUCUCAUUGUUGGAACUUCCUUUUCUUCAUCUGUACAUGUCGUUAUAGCAGCGCUGCAUCUAUGUAUAGUGUACGAGUACGAGGCGUCGACUAGAUUCUGACGAGCCAUAGCUUUGACCGAUGAGCAGCAUUGCAAUUGGCAUUCGACCAUCACACC